AUAUAUUUUGUUUUUGUUUCUGAAUUAUCCGAAAUAAAAACAAAGUUUGUGACUUAAUCCAGAUGCUGAUGUCGCAAAUCUUUUGGCGAUAAGAUGUAAGGUUCCAGUGCAGUGCUGACUGCUGGAAGAUGAGCUAACUGCCAAACUUAUAUUUCACAACACCUGUACAGUACUCAAUUCAAGUGAUCUCAUUGGAUACUCAUGAUGCAGUAAAGUUAUAAAGAGAAAUGGAGGAGUGUCUAGAAAUGGAGGUCGAAUCACAUGACGAUGAAGAUGUUGAAUGUUCUGGUAUAAAAACAGAAUCUGACGAUGGGUAUCCUUCUGAUGAGACGGGGACUGAUCGUGAUGAGGUCAAGGUCAAAUCAGAUGAGAACGAUGAUCAUACAUUCAAAGAAUAUGACUCAGAUUUAGAAGAUGAAAACAAUGUGAGAGUAAAAUCUGAACCCGUUUCUGAUGAUGAUAUGCAGUACUUAAAUUAUGGAAAUGAUUCUGUCCAUGAUAUGGUGAAAGCAGAAGUUGAUCAACCUGUUCAUUGGAUGCCUGAAGCUGAUGAGAUUGUACGUGGCAGAGGACAACUGAAAAUCGACGUUUUUGAUCCACUACAUGGUCAGGUAUUGACUGAUCCCGAGGAGAACAGUAUCGGUAACCAUAUUGAUGAUAUCCUCAGUGAAGUUGUUGGUGGUACUUCUUCCCAACACUGGGCCUUGAAUGAAGCAGGGGAACUAGAUCCUGUGGACCAAACUCUAGUGCCCAGACAUGACCCAGAGUGCUCCAGAUCAGAAAAACAUAUUGAAGUCGGCUUUUCAAGCGGUAGUAAACAGCUUCCAAUAGGCAAUUCAGGUGGUGCUAAAGAGCUUAAAUUUCAAAUAGGCAAUUCAGGCGGUCAUAAACAACAUGAAAAAGGAAGUUCUGGCAAUCACAAACAACUUCAAAUAGACAACACAGGUGUUCCUAAACAACUUCAAAUAGGCAAUUCAGGUGGUUCUAAACAACUUCAAUUUCAAAUAGGCAAUUCAGGCGGUCAUAAACAACUCGAAAUUGGCAAUUCAGGCAUUCGAAACCCGGAAUGCUCCAGAUCAGAAAAAUCACCCAAAAAGGACAAUUCAGUUGAUUAUUUGGUGUGCGAGUUCUGUGAUCAGGAAUUCCCCUGUGAGGAGAGGUUGCAUGAACAUAAAAAAAGCCACAGGGGGUGGAGACGAUACGUUUGUAAAUACUGCGGUAAAUUAUUCAGCAGACGACCUGGACUCGAUGAUCAUCUCUAUAGCCACACGGGUGAAGGACCAUGGAAAUGCCGCCAUUGCGAUAAAUCAUUUCUACGGAAAUUUAUGUUACAAACACAUCUUGCCAUCCAUUCUGACAUGGAAAAUAAAAACCGAUAUUUUUCAUGUGACAAAUGUAUUAAAACUUUUCGACAGGAAUUUCACCUCCGGGAACACCAGGAGAAAAUUCACAAAGACAAGGAAUUUGAAUGCAACGUUUGCCAGAUAAGAUUUGGGAAAAAGUAUCUCUUGGUCGACCACAUGCGUUUUCAUACUGGAGAAACGCCUUAUCAGUGUCAGCAGUGUUCUAUGGCAUUUGCGGUGUCCAGCGUACUGAGAAAUCAUAUGAAAAAAUAUCACUCUGAACAAAAGGAAUUUUCAUGCGAGCGCUGUGAGAAAUCCUUCUCGACAGGUUUUGGGUUGGAUAUUCACAUGCGGAGGGCGCACAGUGUUGAAGAGGCAGUGGUUUGUGACUUGUGUUCAAGGACGUUUUCAGCUUAUUCCCGUUACUUGACUCACCAAAAAGCUGUUCAUGGCGGAGAAAAGCCAUUUAAGUGCACCAACAAAGACUGUGAGAAGUCAUUUCAACGUUUGUCUUAUCUCAAAAAGCAUGAGCAGGUCCAUGCUGGUACAAAACCAUGGGUCUGUGUCCGGUGUGGCUUAGGGUAUACACGAAGACAUAAUCUGAAGAAACAUAAGUGUAAGCGUACCAAAAAGUCUGUGAAACCAACAAUAUAAUGGGACACAAGCCAUCAGGAUUUGUUCCAAAACUUGUCAUCUUUUUAAAAAGCCAUAUAUUCGCCCAUGGAGGUGUGAUUUUAAUCCUUAAAAUGUAUUUUCUGUAGCAAAUUGUUUGCGAAAAGGCAUUCCGUUUACAAACAUGGAGAAUAUAUAUUCACACAGGAGAAAGACCAUUUGCCUAUGACCAAUUUGACCAGUCGCUCAAGACGGCCAGUGAACUCAUUCAUCUGACAUUGGUGCAGUAUAAAAUUGUUUUGUAUCAGUUAUCACAUUUUGUAAUAAAACGCUUCUGUUGUUAUUAUAAUUAUUGAUGUAGUUGAUAUUGCAAAUGACCUGCCACCAAAAGAAUUGCACCGGUAGGUCUCAGUUCAAGAAUCGAGUCAGGGGUGAAGCUAAAAUGUUGGAUUUUGAGCUCCACCCAACCAUCUCAAUUUUAGUACUGAGUCCCAACAGUGCUGUGCUCAAUUCUAUUGCACCUAAAAUUUAAUGAGUUGUCCGAACGAAACAUAUUGAAAACUAUCUUCCGUCGAAUCUGAUGCAUCAGGUGCAACUCGAUUGCGCCAUCCAUAUCUUGAGAUGUAAUAGAAAAGUGUUAACAUUCUCUACUUUCAAUCUGUGUUUUGAUUCAUUUCAGUUGGAAAAGAAUCACAUUGUCCAAAACGUUGCAUGCUACAGCAGAGCUUUUCAAAGAAGGAUUACUCAGAAGGAGCUAGCAGUGACAUCGGACAUGAGCCGCUUCGAUCCG